GCAUCUCGGUGGAGUUGUUGCUGGGCAGCGAAGGCGGUUAAGAAGUCCAGCAAAUUUGAAAUAUAACAGACUAUUAUUUAUGGAAACGGUUGAAAUAGAAUAGCUGAUUUGUGGGGAACGUUAAUAUGAGCUAAUGCUGUGCUUUGCUGGCGGCUCGAACGCGAUAAUCGUCGUGUUGUCUUAGUUAAGCUAGCUUGUUAGCUAGUUAGGUUAGCCAGUUUUGGCGGCGACUGCUUUAUUGCAAGGAAUGUGAGAGGAUGAUGAAGUGACUGGACCUCUGUACGGUCAGGGAACCACCGCCGAACCGGUUUUAAGCCUCGGUUGAUGUUUGAAGGGGUGUUUUAAAACUGCGUUCUGUAGCUUAACUUCCUCUUGACUCCUGAGGCGACACAUUCAGCAGGACAGCAGGUAACUCGCCGCCUCUAAGCAGUCGUUCCCUAAAAGACAGGUAAAAUGGGGAUUCAGGGACUUUUACAGUUCAUUAAAGACGCAGCAGAGCCCGUCCAUGUGAGGCAGUACAGGGGACAGACCGUGGCAGUGGACACUUACUGCUGGCUGCACAAAGGAGCGUUUUCCUGUGCGGAGAAGCUGGCCAAAGGGGAGCCAACUGAUCAAUAUGUCUCCUACUGUAUGAAGUUCGUGGACAUGCUCCUGUCUUUUGGCGUCAAGCCCAUCUUGGUGUUUGAUGGACGAAACCUUCCUUCAAAGCGGGAAGUGGAGAAGGCACGACGAGAACGGCGUGAGGCUAACCUGCAGAAAGGGAAACAGCUGCUGCGGGAGGGGAAGCUGGCUGAGGCCAGAGACUGCUUCACUCGCUGUGUUAAUGUCACUCCCUCUAUGGCGCAUGAAGUCAUUAAGGCUGCCAGGACACGUGGAGUGGACUGUGUGGUGGCCCCGUAUGAAGCAGAUGCUCAGCUGGCCUUCCUGAACAAAAGUGGAAUCGCUCAGGCCGUCAUCACUGAGGACUCUGACCUGCUGGCAUUUGGCUGCAAAAAGGUGAUAUUGAAGAUGGACAAGCAGGGGAAUGGCCUGGAGAUUGACCAGUGCCACCUGGGCCGCUGCCGGUCACUGGGCGACGUCUUCACGGAGGAGAAGUUCCGCUACAUGUGCAUCCUGUCCGGCUGUGACUACCUGGCCUCGCUCUACGGCAUCGGCCUGGGCAAGGCCUGCAAGCUGCUGAGAAUGGCCAACAACCCAGACAUACUCAAGGUGAUCAAGAAGAUUGGCCAGUAUCUGAAGAUGAACAUCACCGUGCCUGAUGAGUACGUCGAGGGCUUUGUGAAGGCCAACAACACGUUCCUGUACCAGCUCGUGUUUGACCCCAUCAAUAGGAAAGUGGUGCCCCUGAACCCAUACCCUGAGCACAUCGACCCAGCCACCCUCAGCUACGCAGGCGUAAAUGUAGGGGAUAAGCAAGGUCUGCAAAUGGCUCUUGGAAACGUGGAUAUUAACACUAUGAAGAGAAUUGAUGAUUUUGACCCUGAUGCCCCUCCAGCACAGCCUGUCAAAGCCCCUCGCAGUCGAGGUUGGAACGACAGUUGUGACGUUCAGAGCCUAGCCCAUGGCAGCAUCUGGAGAAGGGGUUAUGUGGCAGGUUCCUCCAAGCCUCAGACCUCAUCCUCCUCUCAUAGACCCUCUCCCACCAGGGGGAAAGAGAGACUCGUCGCCUUCCAGGCUCUGAAACUCCCCAGCAGAGAGGCACAGGUCAAGAGACCCCGCGAAGACUCAGGUGUCUCAGAGGAAGACAUGUUGGAGCAGUACUCAACCGGCCCAAAGAGACACUGCAAAGAAACGCCUCCCCAUCUAACUCCAGCCACCAUGGAAGCGGGGCGCAGCACUUCCCAGGAGACCAGUCGACCUCGACCUCGUAACCGUUUUGCCACACUACUGCAGUGGAGGAACCAAUCAGACGAAAACGACGGAGAGCAGGGAACACUGAGCAGAUUUUUUGCCGGCAGGGACCUCUCCAAAGCUGAGUGUCCGGAGCAAAAGUCCUCUGUGAAGGAGGAGUCAUCCGAUUCUCCAAAAUCAGACCACGGGUCUUCUGUAGCCGGAGCCAACCUCACAGAGAGCGUGACAGCAGACGACCAUGCUGAGCUCCCCAGUUCACCACCCACCCUCUCUCCUCCACUUCGUUGUGCCAGUGUGAACCUCAGUGCAUUCAAGUGGUCCAGCAGCUCUACAGAACGUUCCAGAACUGGGCCAGCACCAUCAUCCGCCACUACAGACCGGUCUAGGACACCCAGUGCUCCCUCAGGCCUUUUAGCCCUCCGCCAGUUCCAGAGGAAAAAGGAUAGUAUCUCUAGGGGAGAAUCACCUCAGCGCUCCUGCCCCUCCUCUCCUGUAGAGGGCACCAUUGAUGUAGAAACGCCUCCGGGUUCUCCUCCUUCUCAGGACAGUGCAUACUUCUCUCAGCCCAGCAGCGGCCCCUCUAGCUUGGAGGAUUCACCAUCCAGCCAUCAGGUCAUUGAAGACUCACCUGAAAAGGACAAAGACCCUUGGAAAGAUUCUGAUUCUUCAGUGACUCCCAGCAACUCCCCUUUGACCGAGGAGGUAAAAUCUACACCGAUGAGGACAAAGGUGUCAGGUCUGCCCCGGAUGCGGCCCACUGAGCAAGAUAAAGGUAGUAAGAUCAGACCCUCUGCUCCGGCCAGGGCGAGCGGUUUGAGAAAGAAGCCUGGUGCACUCGGGAAGAAGGUAGCCGUCACAAACGAGAACAGCCCGGGACUGCAGUCCACCAUCAGUGGCCUGUGGAAGAACUUUGGAUUCAAGAAGGAGAACUCGAAGUUACACCCUUGUAAAAAAGGAGAGCCCAUGUCACCAGUGAAGGACAACGUGCUGACGCAACAGCCCUUGAUCGGAUGAAAACCUCUACCUCGUGAUGAGAAGAACUCCACUCUCAAAUCGAGCCACGGCCACAUAUGACUGUAAGACAUAACAGUUACACAGUUAAAAGGUAAAGAUGAUCCUGGCGUCACAGUCCUUUCGGAUUCAUUGCGUACCAAUCAUCACCGACUACAUACCUGCAGUAAA